CAAAGUCCAACACCAGAUCUCGUCCCUCGGGAACUCGAGAACCGCAGAAUAUCUGAGACAGCCGAUAUCAGCAGAAGAUGUAAAAGAGACUUUCUUAUAUGUCAUGCGGAACCCACGUCAUCAUCGAUUCUUGCAGCCGAGAGCAACGAAGUCAACAUGCCAAAUGGAGCCGUCGAAACCGAAAAAGCGACAGGGAUAUAUUAUCCGGCACCUCCACAGUCCUCAUCAGCCUCGCCCGUUAACACCACUGCAAAAGCUGAAAUGAAUGGGAUCAGAGAAUCAGGAGCUUCAGGCAUUGCAGUCAAGGAAGAACCGAGCCUAACCCACGCUGAGCCCACUGCUUCAUCGGCCGAAAGAACAUUUACUUCAGCCGCACGUCGCGCUUCUUUGAACCCGGAUGAGGAGUCAAACCUUGCUCAUUUUGCCGCCACAGAGGAUGCUGCGCGACUCAGCAUCCUGGCAAAUAUCUCGCUGAGUGAGCCGUUGCUUAAUCCGGGAGGCAAGGACUUUGAUUUGUACAGGUGGCUACGAAAGAUCAUGUACAUGCUAAACCAAGACAGGCUUGAGCAGACCGCCACGUUAAGGUUUCAUAAUCUCAAUGUCUUGGGGACUCGGUUUUCGCUGCGACGCCAACAGACGGUCUUAGAUAUCCUUUGCUCCUUACUACGACCGCGAAAGACAUUCAACUUGGGACCCAAGUCCCCCAAACAGAUAAUCUGGAAUGUUAAUGGCGUCCUGAAUAGUGGAGAACUGUUGCUCGUUCUAGGACGACCUGGAUCCGGAUGCAGUACUGUGGCAAGAGCGCUGUGCGGAGAACUACGCGGGUUAAAGCUGGAUCCUGAAUCAGUCAUCCAAUACAGUGGCAUUUCUCACCAUGCAGUACCCAAGGAGUUCCAAGGGGUGAUGCUCUACAAUGCCGAAGGCGACAGACAUUUCCCGCAUCUGACGGUGGGCCAGACGCUGGAGUUCGCAGCAUCAGUGCGGGCUCCUACCGACACAAUUCAGGCGGGGACGCGGACAGAGUAUGCGAAAUCAAUGGCGAAAGUGGCCAUGGCCGUAUUUGGUUUGAGUCACACCUACAGCACCAAAAUGGGAAAUGAGUCUGUCCGCGGUGUGUCCGAAGGUGACCGCAAGCGAGCUAGUAUCGCCGAGAUAGCUCUGUCGGGAGCAGCCUUGGCUGCGUGGGAUAGGCCUACCCGUUGCCUGGAUUUAGCAGAGGCUACGAAGUUCGUGCAUUCUCUGCGACUGGCCGCAGACCUAGGCUCGUCUAGCCAUGUUGUGACUGCCUAUCAAGCAAACCAGGCCACCUACGAUCUCUUCGAUAGGACUUUGUUAUUAUACGAAGGCCGUCAGAUCUAUUACGGUUCUGCCACCGAUGCCAGGGGAUUUUUCGAACGUCAAGGGUGGUAUUGCCCUCCACAGCUGUGUACUGCCGACUUUUUGACCUCAAUCACCAAUGCUGCGGAGCGACAGCCGCGUCAAGGAAUGGAGAACAAAGUGCCCCGUACGCCGGAUGAGUUCGCAGCGUACUGGUUCCAGUCUACAGAGUAUCAAGAGCUACAGAGAGAAAUGAAUGACACUCAGCAGGUUGGAGUGUCAAACGAAGACCGGCCUGAGCAGAAACAGGAAAAGCCGCAGAAGCGGCCCUUCUAUGCGCAGUCUAAUCGAGCAUACCCCAGCAUAUCAACGCAAGUCACGAUAACCACAAAACGCGCUUUCCAAAGGGCUUGGAACGAACGUGCCUCGGUGAUUUACAAGCUCGUUGUCAACUUCAUCCUGGCUUUGCUAAUCGGGUCAAUGUUCUACAAUACUCCUGCCACGACCGCUGGCUUCUUUUCAAAGGGUUCUGUGCUUUUAUACAUCGUGUUGCUUAACUCCUUCAUGUCUCUGACAGAAAUUGGCAGCCAGCUUUUGCAGCGACCCGUUGUAGAAAAGCAUGCCUCGUUUGGGUUCUACCAUCCCAUGGUCGAGUCAGCUGCCGUUCUCUUGAGUGGAAUCCCGACCAAGUUUCUCCUGGUAUUGAUUAACAACAUCGUCAUCUAUUUCAUGAGCAAUCUUCACCGGGAGCCAUCGCAGUUCUUUAUAUGCUUCAUAUUCAACUUUGUGCUUAUCAUUGUGACAAGCGCAGCUUUUCGAGCGACAGCAGCUGUUACGAAGACGCUCGUGCAGGCCAUGGCUCUCGCCGGUGGACUGGUGCUCCCGGUCACCAUUUAUACAGGCUUCAUCGUUCCUGUCCCUCGGAUCCACAAGUGGUUCGAUUUCAUUCACGACAUUAACCCCGCAUACUACGCGUACGAGGCUCUGGUUGCCAACGAAUUUCAUGGACGCGAGUUUGGCUGUGCUGAACUUGUACCCUCAUAUCCCAUCCUCGAGGGGGAUACGUUUAUUUGCUCAGCCGUCGGAGCCGUUGCUGGCCGACGCACUGUCAGUGGUGACAAGUAUAUCUGGGACACCUAUAAAUAUACUUAUGAUCAUGUGUGGAGAAACUUUGGUAUCCUCAUCGCUUUUCUGGUCGGUUGGAUAUAUGUAUAUUUUGCUGUGACGCAGUUUAUCUCAUAUUCAAGCGUCGUGAUUGAAACACCACUCUUUCGCCAAGGAAACGAACCUGCCAUCCUCAAGCAUGGAGCGGCUCAGAAUGCAGAUGAAGAAGCUGGCCAGCCCUCCGCAGGUGCAAACCAGGAUACGACUAGCAAUGUGAGAGACAAUGCCUUCCUCUUCAAUACACCCCAGCGAGAGACCCUCACCUGGCGCGAUGUGGCGUAUGAUAUUGACAGUAGCGGUGGACAUUAUCGGAUCCUGGAUCAGGUGUCUGGCUGGGCUAAGCCCGGCACGAUUACUGCGCUGAUGAGCGUCAAUAACAUCGAGAAGACAACCCUCCUGAGGGUAUUGGCACAGCGUACUACAGUUGGUACUGUGAGCGGCGAAAUCUUUCUCAACAACUGGUCGUUAAGUUCAAAUCUCCAGCGGAAGAUAGGCUACGUUCAGCAGCAGGAUCUUCACCUAGAAACAGCAACUGUUCGUGAGACCUUACAAUUCAGUGCAAUGCUACGCCAAUCUGGCUCAAUUUCCAAGGAGGAAAAGUAUGCCUACGUCGAGGAGCUCAUCAAGGUGCUGGACAUGGAAGACUAUGCUGAGGCUGUCGUGGGAGUUGUCGGCGAGGGAUUGACCAUCAAGCAACGCAAGUUAUUGAGUAUUGGAGUUGAAAUGGCAGCGAAGCCUAAGAUUUUGCUUCUGGAUGAGCCUAGCAGUGGUCUUGACGUGCAGAGCUCCUGCGCCAUAUACCAUGUGCUGCGCAAAUUGGCGGACGCCGGACAAACUAUUCUCUGCACAGUCCAACACCCCAGUGUGACAAUCUUCAAGCAAAUAGACCAGGUGCUGUUCUUAUCCAACGAGGGCAAGACAGUAUACUUCGGACCCGUUGGCGAGAAGGCCCGGAGCCUGCUGGAUUACUUCGACUCACAUGGGGCUCAUCGUACCUGCAAAACUGAUGAAGAUCCGGCCGAUUACCUGCCUGAGACCAUUAACGCAACCAACAAACGCAAUGAGACCUGGUCCGACGUCUGGACCAGAAGCAGCGCUGCUACCAUCCAGGAUGAACUCGUCCGCAUCCACGCGCACACAGAGACGCAAGAUGACCAUCCAGACGACCAUCGAGAAUUCGCCACAUCACAGUUCCACCAAUUCUUCAUCGUCCUACGUCGCAUACUCCAGCAAUACUGGCGCUCGCCUCUCUACACCGCAUCACGUAUCGUCCUAAACAUCUGCGCAGCCCUCUUUAUUGGAUUUUCCUUCUACAAACCCGGAAGCUCCAUCCGCGGCAAUCAAGAAACCAUCUUCUCAGCCUUCAUGUUCUGCACCCUCUUCGCCCCGGUUGUCCACCAAAUCACCCCCCUCCUCACCACCAACCGCACCCUCUACGAGACCCGCGAACGCCCUAGCAAAACCUACUCCGGCUUCGUCCUCCUUCUCGCCACCAUUCUCGUCGAGCUCCUCUAUCAGAUCCCCCUCAGCAUCUGUGUCUGGGCAAGCUACUACUACCCCGUGUCUGGCAUCCAAUCCCCCGCGCGUCAAGGCAUAACGCUCCUCUUCAUCAUCCAAUUCUUCAUCUCCACGAUCUCCUUCGCCCUCCUCACCAUCCCGACCUCCACCCUCCUCCCCGCCCUCCUGACCUUCAUGUCCCUCACCUUCAACGGUGUCAUGCAACCCCCACAUGCCCUCCCAGGCUUCUGGAUGUUCAUGUACCGCGUCUCCCCAUUCACCUACUUCGUCAACGGCAUAACAGCCACCCAACUCCACAACCGUCCCGUGAAUUGCAGCGACAUCGAACUAUCAAUCUUCAAUCCUCCUCUCGGUCAAUCCUGCGGAGAAUAUCUGAAUGAGUUCCUCAAAACAGCCCCGGGGCAGCUACUCAACCCCACUGCGACAUCGGGUUGUGAGUAUUGUCCUCUCACGGUCGCGGAUCAGUUCCUUGCUCAACGGGAGUAUCAUUGGGAUCAGCGGUGGAGGGAUUUUGGGAUCGGGUGGGCGUAUGUGGGGUUUAAUUUGGGUGUUGCGGUGCUGGUUUAUUAUUUGGCUUGGAGAAGGAGAUGGGGGGUUAAAAUUUUGGAUAAGGUUAGGAGGAGUGUGAAUGUGUAGGUGAUAGGUUGAUAUUGGGGAAAAGAGAGGUUGUUGUGAUUGAUGAUCUUCUUCUUUAGUCAGUCAGGGUGGUGUUAUGUCACUCUGG